UGUCGAUCAGUCAUGUCGAAACGCCAGUCGGAAAUUACUCCGCAAUGCAACGCGGCUGAUCUGCACCCCAGCGGUUGAUAGUGCCACCCCGUUGCUUCACCUAACGCAUGAGCAACAGUAUCACUUUUGCAUACGCCCUGAAACUUUGUACGCAAAAGCAACUCGCCCGACGCUGGGACUCUCGCAGAGCGGGCAUGCGAGUGAGGUAUUACUAUACAUCAUUUUUACGGACGGCUGCAUCAGUGUAGUUGUUAAAGAGUGAGGUGCGGUAAGCUGGUUUUCUUUCCGGACCCACCGCCUCGUUCCCACCGCCUCGUCUUUUGCACCGCCUCAUCUUUCACGUUUCGUUUCUCAAACUCGUAUUUUACAUAAAGCGUUCAUUGUUCUGCAUUUGCGUUUUUUAAGAGCAAGAUAAAGAUGACGAUGAUGAUGACGAUGACGACGAGCAUGCAGAGUUGGUCGCGGGUUUUGCUGGUGAGCGGGAUUGCUCGCGCGGCUCAGGCUUCGCCUUUAGACAAGUCGCGGUACCUUGGUGCUCGAGACGAUGAGAAAAUUCAAAUCACGGCGGGGGAGCCUGCAUCUGAUCGAACGCUCUUCACUGUGCUGUCGUUGGUGUGCAUGAUGAUUUUGUCGGGGUUGAUAGGCUCCAGAUUCAGCAAGCUAAGAGAAUGCAUGCGACGACGGAAUAUUAUGACUGUGCUUGUCAUCGCACUCUACAUACUCGUCCUGCUAUACACAAUCUGCGCUGCGAGUUUGGUCGCUGGCCAGGGGCUGUACAGCCACCAGCUCUGCAUGGUGGGGACUUGGGUAUGCCUAAUAUACUAUAUCAGUAUUAAAGCCCUCAUCUACACGUUCCUCGUCGAACGCAUUCAUGUGGUGCGAAAGCCCUUCUAUCGGCGCAGGGAAGACCCCAUCUACCUCUCGUGCAUGGUCAUGGUCGUCGUCAUGUACUCGGCCGUUAGCAUAAAUGUGUUUGUCCAUCCCAUCACGCAGAUGUUGGGAGAGCGAUGCCACUUUGGCAUCAACGGCGCCGCGUCAAUCCCCACUGUUGCUGUCAACAUAUUCACCGACUUUGUACUGACGAGCGUGUUCAUCUACCUAUUACGACCCGUCCUAGCGGACCACGACGUGCCCGCGCAGGGGAUUGCGCAUCUACCACAGAACAAGACGGCCGUGCAGAAGAGCCUCAAAGCAUUGUUGUGGAAGAGUCUCAUUGGGAGCUUGCUCAUUGAGAUUCCCAUGGCGGCGAAUAUGAUACAAUUCAUGGUUACCAAAGGUCAGGAGCUAGGUAUGGUUUGUUUGACGAUUUGCUUGGUCGAUGUCUUCUGGGAUGUGCUGGUCAUCCACUGGCUGACAUUCUCGUCGGCGGAUCCUGAUGUUGACCCAUCCCGUCAGGUCGAGGGAUCAAGUAACGCCUCGCUUACUCGUGUGCGCAGCUUGCGCUCUAUAGAUAGCGUACAAUUUAUUACGGGGGACUGUGCGCCCCGGGAAUGUGCGGUUGUGCAUGUGGAGGCACUGGAGACUCUGCAUGAUAAGCGGAAAAGUUCAGUGGUAGAGGAUAUGAGCGUGGCUACAUCUGGGGACCGGCAUGGUGGAGGGCUAUAGAUGUUGUCAUUUUCCAAACACUACAUUCAAUUGGAAAUAAUGACACGUCAUGAGUUUAUUAGUG